AUGGCCGUCAUACACAUCGUCCUGUUCAAAUUCAAGCCAUCUAUCUCGGAAGAGCAUCGCGACUCGUUCGCAAGGGAACUCGAGGCCCUGCGUGAGCUGCCCUGCGUCCUCAACAGGCAGUUGUACGUCGGUGGGCCGUCUGUCACUGAUCCCAUCGAAAAGAGCAAAGGCUUCCAGAUGGCACUUGUCAGCGUGCAUCAGGAUCUGGCGGCCUUGGCAACGUACCAGGCCAGCAAGGAGCACCAAUGGGUGACGAGCACGUGGCUGUGGCCUUUCAAGGAGGAUGUGACAAGAUUCGACUUUGAGGUUGACCAAGAAGAUGUCGCCGGACUGGUCGCAGAGAAGAUGGCGAGCCCAAACGCAGACAUUGAGAGAUCCAGAGACUAA